GUAACUGCUGCAUGUUAUUAAAAUUUCUAAAUUUCGGAGUUAAUGUCACGCGUAUACACCUGAAUACUGAAUAGUACCUAUAUAGAAAUAAUAUUUUUUAACGGUCUAUUGUUACGAAUUUAUGAUAUUAUAUCAGUAUAUUACCUGUAGUGUAGUAUGAGUAUUUUUUUUUUUAUGAAACCUACUUGAAAAUCAAAAAAUAUGGACUUAGUGUAAUUUAUACAUGCGUGCAUGUACUUAUACCUACUGCAAUAUCAUAAUCCGGUACAUAACCAGCUGUCAGCGUGUAAAUUAUUUGUAACUGUAAAGGUAGGAACCUACCUUCCUACCUACAUAUCUCUUCAGUAUAAUAUUAUAGAGUUUACCUUCAACAGAGUGAAAGUGAAAUAAAAAAACAUGUAUAUAAUAACAAGGAGCAAUAAUAAUAUAAUGGUUAACACACUUGACACUAUAGUGUUAUAUAAUCCCGAGAACUCUUGUCUCUUAACGUUAUAGUUUUAUCAGUGUUGAUUUUUUAAACAGUCAUGUGAGAUCCGCUUCUUAAGAACAUCGAACUUAAUAAUCUCUAACUAUAAAGCAUUAUUAUUAUAAAAUCGUAACAUGCAUACUAAACAUUAUGGCAGAACUAUUUUCACCAUAUCCAUCGCAGCGUAUAUGGUUUUAAACCACGUGGGUCUAAUUAAAGCAGCGUCUGAAGUUUCUAAUUAUGAUUUUUGGCCGUCAAAUAUAUUGGGUAAGCGUGCGAUGCAAUUGGUCAGAGACCAUUUGUCUAGAAGACAAGAGAGAAAAAAGUCGAGAACUUCAAAACAAAUUUGUUACGACAUGGUCGGAUGUUUCCCUAUACCCCGGACCAAUUAUUCGCCGCUCAUGAAAUCGCCUCAAUCGCCAGACACGGUGGACACGAAAUUCUUGGUGAUGACCCGACAGAAUCGCAGUGAUCUGGUUUUAGUCACGUACGGCGACCGGCACGUUUCGAUGAACAACUCCAACUUCAGGCCUGAACUGCCGACCAAAAUCAUUAUUCACGGGUUCAAAGGCAGCGGACACGACAAGGUGGCAAAACUCCUAGGCAACGCGCUCCUAGACCUGGAAGACGCGAAUGUGAUUUUCGUGGACUGGGAAAAAGGAGCCGCCGGGCCGGGCUACGCACUUGCAGCCGCCAACACGCAGUUGAUCGGACGUCAGCUGGCGAUAUUGAUCACGGACAUGGUGGCGCUGAACGGUGACCCUGCCAAGAUUCACAUGAUCGGGUUCAGCCUCGGUGCCCACGUGGCGGGUUUCGCAGGCAAGGCGUUGAAACUGAUCGAUAUACGCGUCGGCAGAAUUACAGGUCUGGAUCCAGCGUCCCCGCUGUUCAGACAAAUGUUGUCAGCCUCGCUGCUGUCACUGAGCUCAGACGACGCCGCAUUCGUCGAUGUAGUGCACACAGACGGUGCCAGGAUAUGGUCCGAGGGGUUCGGCUUGUUCAACCCGAUCGGUGAUGUCGACUAUUUCCCAAACGGCGGUCUUGACCAGCCAGGUUGUGAACAAGUCCGCGGUUCGGUAAUCGUAAGCCGGUUAGAGGGAACGAUGAACUCAAGCGUGGUGUGUAAUCAUCUCCGGGCGUUACAGUUCUUCCUGGAAAGUCUCAAAGCUGUGUCGGAUCCUGACGCAUGUCAGUUUACCACAUUUCCGUGCCCUGCCGGAUGGUCAAUGUUUCAAAAAGGGGAGUGCUUCCCAACAAAUUGCACAGAUUCAAAUUGUGUAACCAUGGGUUUUGCGGCAUCUCAAUCGAAACUCCGUGGUCCACUGUAUUUGACAACUAGAGAUUCAAGUCCAUUUUGUGGGAGACAGCUCAAGGCAUCCGUUUUACUAUCUCCAAAAACAUCUAAACUUCGAGGUUACUUGCAAAUAUCGUUAGAAGAUGGUGACAAUACGGCAAACUUUAAGCUCCGAACAAAGCAUACGGAUUAUAUUUCUGGCGGACUUCUAGCUGAAGGACUUUCAGUAGCUAGAUAUGAAAAAUCUGUGCAAAGAUAUUUAAAUGUCGAAUUGAGUUUCCAAUCAUUAGCUUAUCAAACUGAAAACGAAAAGCAUGGGCUCAACAGUAUUGUCAAUGUGGUCGUGGACAAAGUAUCCAUUUUUGACACGGAAGGAAACGUAUGGUCUAAUUGCACAGAGAAUUCAAAUUUAAUCCAUGUGGACGGAACAACGAUAUACGCCCAAACGUAUUCUCUUUCAUUAUUUGAUGCUUGUUAGACAAAAUGACUGAGAACAGUCAAUUUUUAUUUUUUUUAUUUAUUGAAUAUAUCUACUUUACGAACGACUGAAAUUGUUACAUAUAUAUAUUAUAAUAUUAUUAUUAAUACUAAACAAUGUAUACUAUGGUUAUGAACUAAUUCUAAUUUAAAAACGAUUUUUUUUUUGUAUAGAUACUUUAUUAUAUAUUAUAUAUAUAUACUAUUAUACAAGUUUAUUAUACUGGUUUUUCUUUUCUUAUUAAAAGAUGCAACUUUUAAUGUGGACUGUAAAACGAAAUUAUGCAGCGAGCCAUAAAACCUAAGUAUAAUAUGUAUAUUUAGGUAGGUAUUUUACGAUACUGAGAAGAUAAUAUGAUAUGGUAUGUAUAAAUAUUAAAAAUAUCUUAGUCGUAUAUAUUAUAUAACCCACGUGGGAAAUUCGUGGGUAUUGGAUUCGCUAUACAUUAUUAUAUAAAUCCAUUGUAUUUUUGUGUACAUAUUUUAUUAUAUGUAGAGUACACUGCGACUGAUGACUGG